AUGCCUAUCACACCAAAAGACCGCAAGUCUGAAGACGAUAUACGCGCCAGACCGGGCGCAAGCACAACGCCAUCAACACCACCCACCACCCACCACCCCGCCGCCGCCGACCACCACCCUGAGCCUCUCGGUCAAGCCCGAGCUGAGUACGUAUCGAUACGUACAAGCCAUCGGGAGCUCCAUGCCGAUGGCUACGACAACGGCGAAGGACGACGACAAGGUAGCGACCGCAACGGUGGGCAUAUCCAUGCACAUGAGAGUCGGUGCAGUGCAUCCCCGAGAUCGAUACCCAGCAUCGGCUGUGAGAUCUGGGCAAGCAAACCAGCAGCCUCCCGCACCGCCCACCAUCACCCGACCCAUGCGGUCGCCGGUUAUAGCCAACCAAAGACAACUGCCGUGCCGACAAGAGUAUUGUGUGCAAUCCCAGCCGGUCUGGAGAGGCUUUCCGAUGCCCCAGAUCCAAAGUUGGUGGCAGCCAUGGCGAUGUCGAUGCAUAUUGCACGACAAAAGAACCACUACAACAUGCGCAAUUGCAGGCACUUCAUCAACAAGCAAACUACAACCCGCCACGCGCAAAGCGUCUGGGGGAUCGUCGUGCUGGCCGUUGCUAAGCUACAGGGCGAAGAAGAGCAGCAAAGCCUAGCUACGAGUACCCCGAGAGCCACGAAUGGCCCUGAGUUCGAAGCUGUGACGGGAUCGGCCUCGCACUGCAUUCUCGCCAUAUCAAACAAAACAGCCAGCAGGGGGCGUCUGGGAACCGGGAUGCCGUCAACCGCCGCGCCAGGGCCAGCGAGUGAUCACGCUGCUCCUCGCCAUUUGAGCCAGUCGGAGUGCGGACUACUCGAGGAGUGA